AUGGGUGGCGUGGCUGAUGGACCAGUCUUGCCACGAUAUGUACGUGUGAACACACUAAAGACCUCCGUGAAUGAAGUCACCUCUUAUUUCAAACGCCAGGGGUAUACCUACCUAGGAAAGGCACGAAGUAUAGAAGAAAUUGUCGAAUUUGCACAGAGGCCUGGCAAGAGAUUUCUUCAAGAUCUCCACAUUCCUGAUCUAUUGGUCUUUCCUCCGGACACAGAUUUCCACAAAGACUCAUUAUAUACAGCUGGGCAUCUCAUACUGCAGGACAAGGCUAGUUGUCUGCCAGCAUUGCUUCUGUCUCCUCCUAUUGGGGCCCAUGUUAUUGAUGCCUGCGCUGCUCCAGGAAACAAGACAAGUCAUCUGGCUGCUAGAUUACAAAACAAAGGAAAAGUUUUUGCCUUUGACCUGGACACUAAGCGUUUAGCCACAAUGAGCACACUCCUACUACGGGCUGGGGUCAUAUGUCAGGAGCUGGCGAACCAAGACUUCCUUAGUGUCAACCCAGAUGAUCCAAAAUAUCAGAAAGUCAGUCACAUUUUAGUGGACCCAUCAUGCAGUGGGUCAGGCAUGCCAGACCGUAUGCGGAUGCUCAGCGAGGAGGCAGGAUCAGAGACAAGUGAGAGGCUUCAAGCCUUGUCAGCGUUCCAGGGCCGAGCUCUGUCCCAUGCUCUAAGCUUCUCCUCUGUGCAAACUGUAGUGUACUCUACUUGCUCUGUACACCAGCAGGAGAAUGAGGAUGUGGUGAAGAACAUUCUUGAACAACACACAGAUUUUAGGCUGGUAAAGGCGCUUCCAUCAUGGCCAAUACGAGGAAUGAACACAUUUCCUGGAUCAGAGAGUUGCCUGCGUGCCUCUCUUACAGAAACACUCACCAAUGGAUUCUUUGUUGCGUUGUUUGAGCGCAAGGACAAAGGUAGCAGAAGCUCUGUCGCAUGUGAAGAACAAAGGAAUGUUAACAGAGCUGACACUGCAGCAGAAAGACCAGAACAGAGGGAUUUUAACACCGCUGACACUGCAGCAGCAGGGACACAGAGUAGUAAGCCUGGAGAUAAAUCAAACAUGAUGCAGGUCACGUUGAAAAGAAAAGCAAGUAUGACAAAUGUUAGGUCCACUACUAAGAAAUCACGUAAAAAGAAGCACAAGAUAAAGGAUUCCUAA